AAGUGGGUCGAGGGAAAGGAAAGGGGAGGUCGACACCGCUGCCUCCGGGACUUUAUAUUCUGUAGUCUGGCUGCUCUGUCCUCCCAGGACGAAUCUUGAACGAUUUUGGAAGGAUGGGUGCUGGCUUCCUUCCAGAAAUGGCAAAAAGUCUUUUGGUGACAUCAUCUCUGCCUUCAAGGACAAAACUACUGCAGCUAACAGGAGUGUCACUUUAUAAUACUUCUCAUGGUUUCCAUGAGGAAGAGGUGAAAAAGAAACUUCAGCAGUUUCCUGGUGGCUCUGUUGACCUUCAGAAAGAAGACAAUGGCAUUGGUAUACUAACUCUGAACAACCCCAGUAAAAUGAAUGCCUUCUCAGGUGUUAUGAUGUUACAACUUCUGGAAAAAGUGAUUGAAUUGGAAAAUUGGACAGAAGGUAAAGGCCUCAUUGUCCGUGGGGCAAAAAAUACUUUCUCUUCAGGAUCUGACUUGAAUGCUGUGAAAGCGCUGGGAACUUCUGAGGAUGGAGUGGCCUUGUCUAUGUUCAUGCAAAACACCUUAACAAGAUUUACUAGACUACCUUUAAUAAGUGUUGCACUAGUACAAGGUCGGGCAUUGGGUGGAGGAGCAGAAUUUACUACAGCUUGUGAUUUCAGGUUAAUGACUGCAGACAGUGAAAUCAGAUUUGUCCACAAGGAGAUGGGUAUAAUUCCGAGUUGGGGUGGUGCAUCGCGGCUGGUUGAAAUUGUUGGCAGUAGACAUGCUCUCAAAGUGUUAAGUGGGGCCCUCAAACUGGAUUCCAAAAAAGCUUUAAACAUAGGAAUGAUAGAAGAGAUCUUGCAAUCUUCAGAUGAAACUAAAUCUCUAGAAGAGGCACAAGAAUGGUUAAUGCAGUUUACCAAUGGACCACCAGAAGUCAUUAGAGCUAUGAAAAAAUCUGUUUGUUCAGGCAAAGAACUAUAUUUAGAAGAGGCAUUACAGAAUGAGAGGGAUCUCUUAGGAACAGUGUGGGGUGGACCUGCAAAUUUAGAGGCUAUUGCUAGGAAAGGAAAAUUUAAUAAAUAGCUCUUGAAAACAUGGAUGUACUGCAAGUUCCAACGGUUAAUAUGCAUAAAAGUUAAAAUUAAUGUGAACAGCAGAAUUAUUCCCAAGCCUAGUGCUUAGUUUAUAAUUUUUUGAGUAUCUGAAUUAUUAAUUUUUACUAGCUUUUGACACAUAUAAACAUGUUUUACUUAAAUUUAUUUUUGUCAAUUUCUAUAAUAACUCUUAGAUCAUUGAGAACAGAUGAUCUUCAUACACCUCUUUGGGGGUUGUUUUUCAUAAAAUGUUUGUUUCUUAUAUGGAAAUUAUUUACAAAAGAAACAAUGAAACUUUCAGUUAAAUAAUGAAAGUGCACAGGGAACAGGACAGGAAAAUAAGGGUAUGAUUAAUCAUUUUCUUUUGCUUCAGGCAGCUUAAGUUGCUCCUUUAUUUCACUCCCCUGUGCAAAACUAGUCUUGUUUAUUUGAUCUUUCCAGUGUUUUCUAUUAUCUACUAAAGAAUGGUAGCCAUGUCAUGGAAUGUAGGCUGACUGUACAAACUGGCCAUUCAUAUUAACUAGAAUUUCUAAUCUGAUAAUAGCACUUUUGACAUA